UGACUGGGGAGGAGCUCCACAGCCUGUGGAAGAGUACCACCCAAGCUGAGGAGUGCAGCAAAGCGGAAGAGGACUUGGGAGCAGUGCAACUUCCUACGGGUUGAGUUAAAGGUGUCAGAGAAUGAGCACAGCAGAUAAAGGUUAGCAGUUGACAAGCCGGAUAUUCCUGGGCGAGAGCGCAACCCCGUUAUUCCAAUCCCUUGAAUUGAGGCGCUGCCUCACUGCCAACCGAUUGGCCUAGUCAGCAUCACCUUGAGUCACUGGCCCUCCGGGAGUGGCCUGGCCACGCCCACUUGUGUCGCCUGGCUCACUUUAGUUUCAGGAUUGUUGCGUCUGUUCGCUCAGCUCAAAAGCAACUCCCUGGUGGCCUGGCGCUCAGUUUUCCCUUCAUUCUGGUAACAUGACGGCGGAACCUCUCGCGCCGGACGCAAAGCCUCCCCGCCGCAGGAGGAAGACCUCCACUUUCUGGUGGUGCUUCCUGGGCCUCUGCGCAGAGGCCCUUUUGUUCCUGCUGUCUACUUUAUCUGAUGCUUGUGAACUACCACCACCAUUUGAAGCUAUGGAACUCAAGGGUGUGCCUAAACUCUAUUAUGAAGUUGGAGAGAUAAUAGAAUAUAAGUGUAAAAAAGGAUACCUAUAUAUGAUUCCAUUCCCCAUGUUUGCUACCUGUGAACCAAAUCACACAUGGGUCCCUAUUUCAGAUCACGGUUGUCUUAAAGUAGAAUGUUCAUCAUUAAAGAGCCCUUCAUUUGGCAAUGUACACUACAUGGAUGGCAGACCUUCAUGGGGUAAUCGAGCUCAAUUUUCUUGUGUGGAGGGUUAUUACUUAAUUGGUAUGUCAGUUCUACACUGUGUGCUUAAAGGUGAUGAUGAUGCACACUGGGAUGGUCCUCCCCCACGUUGUGAAAAAAUCUCUUGUGUGCCACCUCCAAAAAUAAAAAAUGGGACACACACCUUUAGUGAUAUUGAUGUAUUCAGAUACCGUGAAGCAGUGAUUUACAGUUGUGAUCCUAUCUCAGGGCCAGAUAAGUUUUCCCUUAUUGGAAUGAGCAUGCUGAUCUGUACUGGCCAUAACACCUGGAGCAGCCAGGCUCCCGAGUGUAAAGUGGUAAAAUGUCCAUUUCCACUACUACAAAACGGAAGACAGAUAGCAGGAUUUGAAAAGAAAUUUUCCUAUGAAGCAACAGUGACAUUUGAAUGUGAGGAGGGUUUCUACAUGAAGGGCAGGGACACGGUGGUCUGCAAUGCUAACAGCACUUGGGAGCCUCCAAUCCCAAUGUGUAUUAAAGGUCCUAAGCCUACUUAUCCCACCAAGCCUCCAGUUUACAAUUACCCAGGAUAUCCUAAUCCCCGUGAAGGAAUAUUUGGCCAAGAAUUAGAUGCAUGGAUUAUUGCUCUGAUUGUUGUUACUUCAAUUGUUGGACUUGUUGUAAUUUGUCUCAUCAUACUCAGAUAUCUUGAGUACAGGAAGAAAGGGAAAGCAGAGCUGAAAGCUAAGUAUUCCACUCACCAGAAAAAGUCAGCUUCAACCGUACAAUCAGAGAAAACUCCAUCAAUGAUACAAACUCCAAGAAGCAAUUUGUCUGCUGUCUCUAAUAUGACUGCAGCUGCAGGAAAAUGAGAAGCUCCAUGUGUGGAAGUCACUACUGUUCCAUCUUUGAAAAUUGGUUCUUCAAGUCUGGCAAAAGUAAAAUUAUAUAUUUGCAGGAACUUCAUUUAUGGUAAUGUGUGUGUGUGUGUUUCUAGUGUAAAUAAAAUAGGGUUCUAACUGCCAUCUGUGUGUAACCUCUCUACCGUCUCCUCACAUCCCAGCCCCUCCAGCUUACCAAGGGUUCAACACAGCCCUGAGUGCCCGUGUCCAGAGCAAAAUGUUCAGUGACGUUUCCUGCUGGAAGAAGGCCAUGUAUGUUUCCAAGCAUGACACCAGACCUUCUGAUUCCAACUUUCCCCCGUACUUCACACUUUCAUUGCACACAACGGCUGUGCAUUAGCACACAUCUGUGCCUUCUACACUCCAUUGUUACCUGAAACGUUUAACAUCCUCUCCAGAUCCAGGUAUCUCCGAGGCCAAUGCAUGUCCUACUUGUCCUGUGAAACUCUUGACUCCUCAGCUCUUAAUCUUUUAUUGCCUGGCCUUGUUUAGCCACAUUUCAGACUCAAUAUAUACAUGUCUAAAUAGGAGAUGUAACUUUCAUAUCACUUUAAUGCAUUCAGAGGGCUCAACAAGCAAAGUCAAACAAUUAAAAACCUGACCUGUGUAUCUAAUAGGAUUUGGUUUUCUUUAUGCAAAAACAGUUCUUGCUGCCUUUGCAAAUAUGAAGUAAGCCAGACUAAGGACAGGCCAGUGUUUCUCACCUGGGGCUGUCCACUGGCCUCCCCCAAGUUUUACUGACACUUGAGCACUACCCCAGUGUGCUCUCUUAUUAUUAAUUUGAAAUGAGGCCUGAACACAGGAAGUCUUAAUUUCUCUGAUUUUAAUUUGCCAUGUGAGGAUGAGAACCUGUAUUAGCAAUUUUCCGGCCUGACGGUCAAUUCUCCAUAUAAACUUAUAAAGAGGGUAAAAGCUUAAAGAAAAUCACAGUUUAAUUUUAUUUAUUAAAAAUUUUCAAAGUCUUAAAUUUAAUGUUCAUGGGUUGGGGAUGUAGCUCAGCAGGAAGGUCGUUCAGCAUAACGAGACCCUGGAUUCACUCCUCAGCAAUGGAAAAAAAAAGUCAUUAACAGAUUAUUAACAUCAUCUUGUUUGCUUAGAAGUCCUGAUGUCUGUCAAAAUAAGCAAGGAUAAACUGCAAUUUUAAAAUGUUAGUAAUAUUUAUAACUAAUAUCAACACAGAAUGAACACUAGAUUGACUAAAGCAUUUUAAGCCAUUGACGUGAGACUCUAGCAUAUUUUAAUUAGCAUAAAAUAUAGAGAACUUUUACUGUAACCAACAACAAACCUUCUGAAUUAUGCUAGAAAGACCUGGGGGCAAAGGAAUUUGGAACUGCCCUAUAAAGUAAUUUUAAGGUUUUAGGGACAUGAGCAAUUCUAGAGUUCCAAAGCUUGUGAUACCAGACAGCUAACAUUUUAACCAAGACUAGAUUUUACAUAUUUUAAUAAUUUGCCUUAAGAGCAGAAUUUAACAGUCCACCAACUUUUAAAAGUGAUUCAGAACUGACUGAAUCUGAUACAUGAGUAGGUGUCCCUGUGUUCUGGCUUUCUAGGCUCAUCCAGAGGUUACACUAGAAAAAGUGUCAACCUUUGAGAACCCUCCUAUGGACUGUAGAGGACCUGACAGUCCUCUGCCCUUCUCUGUGAGGUUGUCAUUGCUGGAACUCCAGUCAUUCAUUGUAUUUUAGAACAGGCAGAACACAAGUUCUCUUCUGCUUUGGGGAAAGUAACAAUUUCUUACUGCUCAAUAUAGGAAAAAUAUACCAGGAGAACUGAUGUGAACACACAAUUUCCCUUCUUGCUUACACACAGCAGGUAAACACACUGCCACAUAGAUAACGCAGGAAAACUACCAACCUUGAUUCCUGGUGUGACUGGACAAACCCAAUAAAACUUGAGACAGGUAGUUGGACGGAUAUGAGGAAUAAGAAGACACGAUUUUAGCUCUGAAUAUUGUUAUACACUGCAAUGCUAAGCCCUGUGUUGAACCACUAGAAACAAGAGCUCUGAUGUUCUGAUAUCCGAUGGUAUUUGGAACUUGUAGCUUCACUGGGAAUUCAGGGAAUAUCUAAUGCUUAGGCAAACACAUUAAGUAUGGUGAUUGGAAAAAUUAAGCAUCUGAUUACCUACCUCCACUGCCACAUCUCAAAAAAAUAUUAAAUUUGUACUUGAGGUGAGCUUCAACCAUGACAAUUCCUUCUGUAGGCACCCAAAGCAAUCUGCUUCUCAAAUUCUGAUGUAUAGGUUUAUCACAUCGUGAUCUUGUUAAAAGGUGAACACUAAUCAGCGAAGACAGUGCAACCAAUGAAGCAAAAUGUGACCCUGCUGACCUCUGAAGCUUGAAGAAAACAAGCCAAACGAUGCAGCAUAUUUAUAAACCAAGGAAGGCAAGAAACCCAUUAUUCCUUCAUAUUUCUGAAGGGUUUGUGUCUGAGAGUACCUUGAUUUCAGUCCAAUAAAAACAUUAGAUUUCUGCCAUAUAGAACUGUUAAGAAUGUGCAUGUUAAGACAUCACUUUUGUGCUAAUUUAUUAAGGGCAGUUACAGGAAAUUUAUGCACGAACAUAAUAACCGGAAGCAAAGAACUAGGACCAAAACAGUAUGGCCUUUGCAGAAAUAGGGAAAUGGCUCUCAACCCUGGCUGUACACCAGACUCAUCUGAGACCAACUAAAAUAGUACUUCCUUACAGGGAUAGGACCCAAGGAUCACUCUUUCAGUGACCAAAGCUAUGGCAACAUGCUACUGCGUUAGAAUAUGCCCAUAUAUAAUAUAUUAAAUGAGCUAUCUUAGGCUUCCCUAAAAACUAUGUACAUAUUAAUGUGCUAGCGAUUCCUACAACUAUUGCCAGUUUCCAAAUAGAAGGCCUAGGCCAACUUCUUUUAAGACGCUCGGGUUCAGACUUAAUUCAUUUGCUCUACUAAACUGGUUGCAGAUCUUUCUUCCCCCGGUUAACAACAGUACAUUAUAUUCACUUCUAAAAAGUCUGGUAAGGCUUAAUAAAGCCUCAAAAAAAAGACUUUCUACCUGGGUUGACAGUUAUAAGCCUGUUUGAGGAGGGUAUUGCCAAAAGCAAAAAAAAAAAAAAGCUGCAUUACCAGUCAAUUAUGAAAAACUACUCCAGACUGACAAUUUUAUGUAAGCAUUCAAGAUAAAAAAAAUAAGUGUUUGAGAGGUGUUCUAGUUUCAUUUUGCUUCUCAGAACUUCAGGAUAUGAAACUGCUUAAGCAUUUGUCUUUGCACUUUGAUACUAAAUUCUAUAUCAUUUAAGAACUAGAAUCACGACCCAGGCGUAUUUUAAUUUUCCAAUAUGAAUUAAUUGGGAACUUUGGACAGGGCAACAAAAACAAAAAAAGGCUUAAUAUUUAGUUAAUACCAUGACCCAAGUUGUCAUACUUACAGGAGCUGCGGUCUCCUAGUUUGUUUCAUGGAGCAAAUUAAACAAUACAGCUGAGGGACUUAGCCAUUCCCACUACCACAUCCUGAGACUUAGAACAUAGAUUCUUCAAUCAAAAGCUUGAAAUAGCUCUGCAGCUGCAGGAUGUAUCGUAGUCACUGGGAAGUCUUUCAAGCAAAUGCUCCUCCAUUCACCUCCCAAUUCCAGCACAAUAGGCAAGCAGCCAUCUGGGGUAAGACUACUGGGAUGUGGCCUCAGAAAAAGCUUCCUGGGCAGCUGAUUUGCCACCAGUUACUGAAACCCACUGGCUUGAAAUGAUUAUUCUGCAGAUAGCUUCGUAGUUAGCUAUGCAACUUCUAUGGAAGGGGCCACCUGCUUUCUUCCUCAAGGUUCUCCAAGCAUAGACCCUGCCCCCUCCCCAUGCUGUCAAAUCUCUGAACAGUUUUACAAAAUUGUCUCACCGCCUAUUCAAGGGUUGAAAUAAACUAUCACCCAAAAGUAGAACUCCAUCUGCUACAAGUGCAACUGAAGUCAGCCUGCUCCCCUUUAAGGGCCACAUGGCAGUUUGGUUAACUAAGUUCCCUGCAGCAACACUGACAGGAGGAGGGUCAGAGUCCACAGUUCCCUUGGAACCAAGAAUAGUCUUCCCAUUUAGUAACAUCCCUCAGCCUAGAGCUCCCUUAUGUCUCUGACCAUCUUUCACCUUUAGGAUUUCAUUCUUGUCUUAAUGGCCUUCAUUUUUAAUGUUUGUCUACAGCAACCUACUUCUAAUUCUUUAUGACUGGCACAACAAAUUAACUUUCCAGGGCCCACUUCUCAUUGCCACAGAAUUAUGAAUGGAAAAUAAUAGAUUAAAAACACAGACAUGAUAAAUUGAAUAUAGCAAAUUAUUUAUUAAAGCCAGGAUGCAUGAACAUACUCUUUACUCAAACAUGGUUCAGCAGCAACCAUUUAUACAAUUCAUAACAGUACCACAUGUCAGAAAUUACAACUGUGGAUAUCAGAUAAAUUACAAAAAUUUAAUUUUAAAAUCCUGUUAUCUCUAACUUCUGCUACCACAUACAUAUGCAUUAAAGAAGUUAGGAAACUGUGAUCUUCCUUUUCUGCUCUGCCUGUGUAGGAAACGACAGGCUGCUGCUGACCAGACACCACGAGGCUCUGAGGCUGGUGCUUUUCCCCCUACAUCAUAACCGAUUUCAAAUGGUGCUAGACAAAAACAGACUCUGAACACCAGGAGAAAUCGGUCAGCCUGUGUAAGAGAUGGGCCAGUGGUGGUCUUCAGGUCUGAACCUCAUGGCAGACAAGUGACAAGUCUGACGUCAGCUGUGCUGCAACCACGACUGAGUCCUCCAGGCAUCUUCCAGGUACAGGCAGGCAGUACUGAUGCGGGGGAAGCGGUCCUCCAGGUAUGGAGCACCCUCCCCCUCCCAUGAAAUGAUGGUAAAUUAGAUCCCUCCCUGCCCCGAUCCAUGCCCUUGCAUUUAUUUUAAACAACUUUCCCACCAUCACUGCCUCUAAACCAAACAAACUCAAGAGCAAAUCCCACUGUUCCAAGUCUUCCCUUGACUUCUUGAAGGAAAGAGCCAGUCCUGUGUGCAGCUGCUCCUCUGUAGUCUAACCUCUGCUGCGCUGCAAUUCUUACUCCUAAAACACUGAUUUCAAAUGGUGCUAGAUACAAAGAUGGAAAAAUCUAAGCCACCAUGUGAAACCAGCUUCCAGAAGAAGAGGAUCUCUCUGAAGAAGGCAGAGAAGUGCAGUCAGACGAUCCAGCCUCAGCUCUGAGAAUCAUCUUGCCUGUCAGAGGCAGAGGACAGCCAUACAACGCUGCUCGUAGCAGCAUCAGAGUCACAGCCAACAUUGAGCAGACGAGACCAAUGCAAAGCUUAUUCCCUGUAUGACUUCACAUUAGUUGUUAAAAAUUAUUAUACACAAUGAACUAAAAGAACCAAGUCCAUUACACACAUGUACAUCUGUAAUGUCUUGAAUUUAUGUAGUAUUUCCCAAGAUGCAUAGUGGCAUACAUUAUAUCACUCCUUUAGGACAGUUACCUAUGAGAUGGUAACUACUGAACACAAGUUUAGCACCUAAGUCAGGACAACGAUUCCAUGAGUAUUAUUCAAAAAGAGCACAUGUUCCUCCUUUCUAUCCCAUGACCCCAUAGGCUGACAAUUUGAAUUAACCCAGAGUAACUUUAAAAGCUGGUAUCUUAUUAUGUAGAUAUUCCUCUAACACAAAAAUAAGGUAAGCUUUUAAAAUUUAUCUGAAAAUAAGAUUCACAAACUAUGUUUCAAAUUGGACUGCCUCUUUGCUACGUGUUUCCUCUGAUGUCUCAACACAGAGAAAAAAAGACAAUAGAACCGUAUGUCUUGGUCUCUCCAGCAACUCUUUUUGUCCUCCGGAUAUACGCUUAUCUCUUCCUACAGCUCCUGACUGCUAUAGGGUAAUUUUUGAGCAAAUAUAAUGUGAACAUCCAGUGUCACAAUACUUAGUCGUUCUAAGAGUCCAAUGAAGCAGGUAUUGUUCUGAUGUUUGCACAAGAAACUGUAGACAUAAGAACCAGAUGGACUAAUGUCUGUAUUCCUGUUCCACUGCUGCUGCUCGGUCUGUACUGUGUGACUGUGAUCUCCUUUCCCUUGAACUGAACUCUUACCUAGACUGGGGAGGGGAAUUUACUUCAGGCAAUCCGGAUAAAGUGAAAGAAACUCACUGUCACACAUGCUAUGUCUGGGUAAAGAUGAGGGCACAUGGUGUUGCUACUGCAAGGGGUCAGGUAGUCUAAGAGAACCUGCUUUUGCUCUAUUGUACCACGGUGCCUCUGUCCUGUCUAGCAAUAGGGAAGUUAAUGGGAAUGAAGCCUACAGAUAACAUUGAUAGGCUUAGCUUCUAAGAAACUGAGCCAGGCAGAGGACCUCCCUGGGGUUCUCCAGGGUCUCAGCUACAGAAGAAUGCAAGCAAAUCUAUAUAAUGAGUUCCAGAGUGACAGUGAUACUAGCUGCCAAAAUUAGGGCCUUGUGAACAAGAUGAUAGGUUGUAAAUAUAUCACAUGGCAGUUAUUGACAAGGAUCAAAACCCUGUAAAUGAAGGGGACAGAUGAGAUUUACAUGUGGUAAUACUCAGCUCUUCUGAUUUUCAUUUCAGUCAAAUUUUCUUAGCAACUUCCUAUUGCGAGAAUUCUCAGUCUUCUUCCUCUAUGUUAAGGAGAGAUAUCCUGCAGGAAUCCAGGGCACACCCUUCCUCCCAGAAGUCUCCGCCUCUGCUGUUACCUCCUUGGCAACUCUCCACCUACUCCCUCAGCUGCCACCCCACUUGUCCUAACUCAGCUCUAGAAAGCUUUCUCCUAGGUUAGCCCAGUUUGCUAUCAGUUAGAAAACAAAUAUUUAUUUGGUCCUCAGCAUGGCAUGAAGCUAAUGUCUUUCUUCCUACCCAGUAAGUGAAAUGCUGCCCAGGCCCAGGGGAGAUGCUAUGCUUGGUAAGGAGAAAGUACCAGUGAAGGAAAAGGUAAGGUCUAGGGUUCCACCCUUGGACUGCAAACCCUCUCUUCUGGUAGAUAAGAACUACUGACGGUAUGGUGAUUUAAACACUAAGCUAGAGAGGAGGGAAAUAAAAGUAGUCCUAGCAUUCAGACCCUUUGUCCAUCCGACUCCACUCAGGCCUCAGCACCCCAUAAAAGCAUUGUCGGCUGGGCAAUGUCCCUUUUCUGAAACAAGGUGGUGAUUCUUCAUUAGUUUGGAACAGCUAAAUGACUUGAUAAAGGCUCUAGUUUUCUGGCACCAGGCCUGAGAGUCACCUGGAUGUCUACGGCAGCAGCCCAUGAAACCGUGGGCUGCUAGGGCUCUGCUCUCAGUGAGAGCAAUGGGAUCUCCUUCCUCAAAUAGCUUCAAGUAAACUUCAAGCUACAGGGUUUGAUGGGGCUGUCUAGAAAAGAAACCACCCUUCCUCACUUAGCAGUACUGAAAAGGUCACUGAGCAGGAAAGAAGUCUGGGACACCACUCUCCAGCCUCCAUCUGUUCCUGUUCCUAUUUCACUCUGGAGGUCAUUCUACCCAUCCAUGACAGGACACUUCUCGGGCAAGGCAGGGGCCAGAGGGGCAAAGGCAAAGUCACUCCUUGUAAAAUUAGAACACCAACUUGCCUACAUGCUGAGAACAGGCCCCUGCCAUCAUCAUGAAUGGCUUUAGUAUAUUCAUCUGUAAAGAAUAAACGAAUAAGCUGGAAAACUGGUCCCCUCUCUCUCUGCUGGGAAAACUGCCCCUCUCUCUCUCUCUCUCUCUCUCUCUCUCUCUCUCUCUCUCUCUCUCUCUCUCUCUCUCUCUCACACACACACACACACACACACACACACACACACACACA